AUGUCCUCUGCAGAACUACAAACACUCAUAUCUUUGCAGACGUCAGCGUACAUGAACGCUCUGGACGUGGGAAGAGAGGCUGAGCGGUAUUCGAAAACUUCAAAGAUUUUAUAUUCUAUUUCUUCUUACAAGAAUAAUUGCCAAAAGAUGCGUUAUGGCGGUCUUUUCUUUAACAUGGUUGCCCAUGAGCUUGAAGCUUCCAGUCCAGGUACGGUCAUACUCACGUUUGGCAUGGUAUCAGAGUUCUCUUUAUUUGCUGCUCGCAACGCGAUGAUGGCAAUGAGGAUAUACGGUCUAUUUGGAAGGGACAAGUGGAUUUUGUGGAUUUUGGGACCUUACUUCUUGGGUGUGCUAGGUGCCAGCGUGGUUAUCGUCACAAUGACUUUAGUAUCAAGGCCACUAAACAUAACGGUAAUUCCGUUGUCAGCAAAGGCAUCGUGGUGCGAAGUAGAUUUCUCGGCUCAGCAAGCUUGGUACCAAACGGGUCUCUUUAUUUCUCUCGCCGUAUAUGAGGUUAUGCUCUUCGCCCUAUGCUUAAUGAGCCUAGUGAAACGGCUCAGAGAGAGAACCGGGAGCAAUACGAUGAACAGCCUGCUAGGCCUGAUGAUUAGAGAUAACAUCUUGUACUUUUUCAUAGCCUUAGUUGCCACAAUCAUCAAUAUCAGCACCUUUUUCCCCAAUGGGCUCAACUUCGUCUCGAACUUGGUAUAUACGAAUAUACUCUCCGGGAUCUCCACCGCAUUCUACUAUUCUAUGCUAGGGCCGCUAAUGAUGCUGAGCAUCCGAGAGUAUGAUGUUCGAGUCAUGCAGCAGAUGGGAGGAACUUCUUACGAGGACGAGGAGCAAACCCUGGAGUUUGCUCAGAUUAUGCCGCAAGUAGACAACUCUGGAAUUUGA